AUGAACAAAAAGCUUUAUUCUCUGAAAGAAGAUAAUUCUUACGAAAAUAAAAGUAGAGCUGUCAAACAGCUGUCACCGAGUUGCCAGCAUUUUGUUUUUAGUAAUGAGGGAACAGCUUUCAGUAUGGGAGAACGCAAAGGCCAAAAUUUAUACUACCCCCCAGACUACGACCCUAAAGUGGGGGGGUUGAACAAGUUCCUCGGCACCCAUGCGCUUCGAGAAAGAGCCAGGAAGAUCCAUAUGGGGAUUUUAAUCAUACGCUUUGAGAUGCCCUAUAAUAUCUGGUGUGAUGGCUGCAAUAACCACAUAGGAAUGGGGGUGAGGUACAACGCUGAGAAGACAAAGAUAGGAAUGUAUUACACUACUCCAGUGUACCAGUUCAGGAUGAAAUGUCAUUUAUGCGAUAAUCAUUUUGAAAUCAAAACUGAUCCAGGGAACUUAGACUAUGUAAUAGUAUCAGGAGCAAGACGUCAAGAAAACAGAUGGGAUCCAACCGAAAAUGGCCAGAUUGUACCAGAAACUAAGGAAACCCAGAAGAAACUCUUUGAUGAUGCUAUGUUCCGAUUGGAACACAAGACUGGGGAUGAAGAUGUAGCCAAGUUGGAUAAGCCGAGGCUCGGCCGGUUGGUGGGGAGGAAUGAGUCCGUGUGGAAGGAUGAUUAUGAGGCUAAUUGCUCUUUGAGAAGAAACUUUAGAAAAAGAAGAAAAGAACUAGAAGAAUCCUCAGUGAAUGACAGUCUACUUUUAGCUAAGUCUUCUUUAAACAUCAAUCUUCUGCCAGAGAAUGAGGACGAUAGGAAUAUGGCCUCUCUACUAUCUCUAAGGCCUUCCAAAAGCAUAGAAGAGUCACUAACGCACACUAGAAGCAGAAUCCUGAAUACUCCAGCUUUGGCCAGUUCCAGUCGUCUUUUGACUAGUUUUGGAGGAUUAAAGAAGGAGGAGAUUUUAAAUAAAAGUGCACAGUUAACCAGAAAUGCUCUAGGUAUUACUAUUAAGAGAAGUAAACCAGAAGUACUAAAUGAUAGUCCAGAAGAUAAAAAGAUUGCAGAGAAUGGUACAAUUAAAGAUAUCUGCCCAAAUGAAAAUGAUAAUAACAUUAAGAAAGAUAUUAGUGAUAUUAAAGAUGAAAAAGAAACCAAGGUUGAAGAAAAAGUUCAUUUAAGUAGUCAGCUAUCGUUAGUUGGUGAUUACAGUUCUAGUGAAGAGAGUUCUUGA